ACACAACACUCCCCACAGGCCCAGGAGACUCCCAGAGAAAAAAAAGUGCUUAACUCAUCAGACCGACAGUAAAAAUCAUCAUCAGAUGUCAGUCUUUUGCAGUUGUGUAAGACAUGGAAGUGUGUUUUAUUUCUCCUCACUGGGACGAGACAAAUCUCCUCUAAGUUCAUGCAUCACAGGCAUAGGGCCUGAUGACAUAGCCUGUGGUGGUGUUUGUUAUUAUGUCAUGGCGUCGUGGACGGACAGUGUAACGUUUCCUCUCUGGUUCUGUCCCAGCGCCAGGGCCUAGCUGAGACAAUACCCAGGCUUUGCCUAAUUGUAUCGAGAGCUACAGAGGGUUAGCGAGUGUUAGGGCAGGAAGCCUAGCAGACAAGAGCUGACCACCCUCUUUGUGUGCUGGUGAGCUCAGAGUGGAGCAUCCCUGGCCUACACCCACACACACGUAUGCACACACUCUCUCGCACGCUCAGACACACACUCUCUCUCUCUCCCCCCUCCAUCUCUCCCUCUCUCUUCUCUACUACUGUCUGUGUGUCCAUCACUGUGACCCACUGAGCCUCCAUUUGACAGGCAAAUCACCCACUCAGCACUACCAUACAGAGAGAGUGGGAGGGGGAGACCGAGAGUGAGUGGGCGAGUGUGAGAGAGAAAGCGAGAGAGAGUGGUAGCAGCUAGGCAAAUGAGUCUCUGUUUAGGUCUGGGCUGGCGAGGGAGGUGGGGGGUUCCCAGUCCAUACAGGCUAUUGUUCCUGAUGCUUGUUGUGCCUGUGUGUAAGAGAGUGAGUGCGUCGAUGCUGGGCCUGUUGCUACUGGCCAGUGGUGGUUACAGUGUGCGCAGUGGUCAAGGAGUAUUGGUUGAGCAGUGAGCGAGAGCUUCAGAGAGAAGAGUGUGCGAGGCAGGAGGGAAAUGGUGUGCUGGUCGGGGAUGGGAGCAGCCAUCUGUAGACUGUCGGUGAAGCUCAGCCGGCAGGUGAAGAGGAGGUCCUCAGGGUGUAAGUAUACGUGUCACCCAGAGUGUCGGGAGCGAGUGCCAUUGGACUGUCACCCCGGUGGUCCUGUUGCCAUUGACACCCCCCUCAGCCAGGACCACCUUAACAACAACACACCGGCCAUUGAUGUGGAGCAGGAAAGGGAGUUACGGACUCAUCUCAGCAGAGAGGAGAUCAGACAGAAGGUCGAGCUGUACAACUCCUCCUCCAAGGACCACCUCAAAAUGACCCUGAACCCCAGUGGUGUGUAUACGGGGUUCAUUAAGGUGCAGUUGGAGCUGAGGAGACCCGUCACAGUACGAGGGGGCCAGAGAGGAGAGGAAGCCUUCUACCUCCCCCAGGGGGCGAUUAACACUCUUCACAUCAGCUCCAACAACACCGUACGACAGGUGAUUCAGGCCCUGUUGACCAAGUUCACCGUAGCUGACAACCCUGCUAAAUAUGCCCUGUACAAACGCUGCCGCAGGGAUGAGCAAGAGUACAUGUGUAAGCUGUCGGAGGGAGAGCAUCCGUUGUUCCUGCGUCUGCUAGCAGGUCCCAACACCGACACGCUGGGCUUUGUCCUGAGAGAACAGCAGACUGGCGAGGUCAUGUGGGAAGCAUUUUCCAUCCCAGAGUUGAGUAACUUCCUAAGGAUGCUGGAGAAGGAGGAGACUGAGCGGGUGUGUUCCGUGACACGUCGCUACGACAACUACAGACUCAAACUGCAGGAGGCCAUGAGAGCAGCAGGGGGGCCGGGGUAACUACUGUCCCCGGAGGAGAGAGGGCUGGGAACCAGAAUCCAGUCUGAGGGACACUGAGGGGGAAACUGGUCCAACCUGAUUCAGAAACUGGAGAGAACUGGAAUAAACUCUAGAUUUUACCUGUGGACCCUAUGUGCAAUACACUAGAUGGACACUAGAGGGCCUCUGUGGUUCCACUGCGUUCAGCCUGGACUUGUCAUUAAGCACUCAAGAGACGAGCUCCAUGUCUUUACUGAGUAGGCCGACACCCCUGUGUGCCAUAUCCACUCUUCUGUUCACUCUCUUUUGAUCCUUCUAGUUAUUGCCAUUUUUUUAGUAUUUUAGAAUGACCUUUUUGAACACGUGAAUUAUUCAAACCCCCGAAUAUUUGAAUCCAUUUAUUUUGCAUUUUUAUUUAAUUGGUGGAUACAAGGGUUUGUACAUAUUGUCGUUUUUAAUUUGUGGGUGAAGCUUUGUUCUGUUUCUUUGCAGAAUUUUUUUUAUUGUGUUCUAUGAAGGCGUGGUGUCAAUCCAACCCCCAAAGGUCCGACUCGUGUGCUCACUGAUUUCUCUCACAGGGGUUAAUGCACAGAAAACAUAUCAGCAACAUAAAGGCUAGACUGGUUUAUCAUGGAAAGGACACAGUAUUAGAUGGACAAGAUGAAAUCGAAACUAGAAAAGGCAAAUGAUGCAAACCAGAAUAAGAGUGGUGUAUUUAAACUGAAGGUUGUGAUGGUCUUGAAAGGAGAAGCAUAUUUGGUGCAGUUUGUAGAGUCUGACAGUCACAAGCUGUUUGGGGUUUAGAGGUCAGGAUGGAAGUGUGACCGCUUGUGACCAGACUGACAGUGGAGUUUGAGCUGACCGCUCACCUUUGACCUCUGGGCAGAGACUAGUUGUAUCAGAGGAGAAGAGGUUAGCGCUGUGAGAAUGGAAAGAUUUUAGGAAGUUGACUAAUGGUUUUAGAGGAAGUAGAUAAGUAAGACUAAAAAAACAACAACAAAUGAAAUGGAUGUGACAAACAAGAGUUUUUGGAGUUCCAUGUUAAGAGAUUUUCUAUGCCCGAGAAAGUUCAGGUUCUCUUGGAGCCAGCGCCAGGCCAGUGGCCACAGAUAACAUGGUCAGGAAUAGUAGCAAAGGACGGUGGCUAUAUUUCUGUUCCUCUGGUAGUCAUUGAACAUAGUUACAUCUGCCCUAAUCUGCUUCAGGGCUGGUAGGAUAAAGUCAGUUUAUUGUAGAGGCGACGUCACAUGGCAAUGUGUUCAAUCUCCUAGACUAGGAGAAAGCGGCUAGAACCUGUUGCUUUGAAGUUCUCGCAUUUUGCCUCCCUGUCUGUCUCUCUCAGUACUGUAUUUACAUCUCUACCAGGGUAGAUUUUCUGGUAGUUACAGGUCAUUUGAACAGAGACUGUACUUUGGAAUUGAUGGACAAUCAAUUGAAUGGACAGAACAACUAGUGAGCGCAUUUUGGGCCAUCAACCCUCGGCACAGUAUCAAAACACGCUGACCAAAUGCAAGAA